CCACGGGGAUCGGCGUAUCGACGUUUCAUAGUUUCAUAAUUAAUUAAUUCAUUAAACAUCUCUGUGAAUGUUUUACGCCAAGUAUCAUUACCGCAAGUAAUCGUACAGAAAAAUAUUUCACAAUGACGAAAGAGGAAUCUGUAACAGCGAAAAAGUCACCGGAGAAUAAUGACGUUGAAAACAAAGCGACAGAUUCUGGAUCGGAUCCAUCAGCCCCUAUAACUCGCAGGGGAGUCCUGACUUCCUUUCUCACCGGAAAACCCAUGGAAAUUCCAGAGCAAGAUAUCCUCGGCAAGUGCAGAUUCGUCUCGGAAUUCGAGAAACUAAACCGCAUCGGUGAAGGAACUUACGGAAUAGUUUAUCGUGCACGAGAUACGAAAAAUGACAAAGUCGUGGCCCUGAAAAAAGUGAGAAUGGAGCACGAGAAGGAUGGACUUCCAGUGAGUGGUCUUCGCGAAAUUAGCGUUCUCUUAUCAUGCCGACACGAAAAUAUCGUCCACCUGAAAGAAGUCGUUGUCGGGAAAAGUCUCGAGAGUAUAUUUUUAGCAAUGGAAUAUUGCGAGCAGGAUCUUGCGAGUCUUCUCGACAAUAUGCAGGCACCUUUUUCGGAAAGUCAAGUCAAAUGCAUCAUGCUUCAAGUAUUGAAGGGCCUGAGAUACCUGCAUCACAACUUUGUCGUUCACCGAGAUCUCAAAGUUUCAAAUUUGCUGAUGACUGACAAAGGCUGCGUGAAAAUUGCCGAUUUUGGACUUGCGAGGUGGUUCGGUUUGCCCCUGAAAUCAAUGACGCCCCGAGUGGUGACCCUCUGGUAUCGGGCACCCGAAUUAUUAUUACAGGCGAAGACACAGACGACUUCGGUGGACAUGUGGGCAGCUGGUUGCAUUUUAGGCGAAUUAUUAGGACACAGGCCGCUCUUGCCUGGAAGGUCGGAAAUUGCUCAACUGGAACUGAUUGUUGAUUUGUUGGGCACACCGAGUGAGGCUAUCUGGCCAGAGUUUAAUUCUCUCCCGGCUCUUCAGAAUUUUACCCUCAAACAACAGCCCUACAAUAAUUUGAAACAAAGAUUUCCGUGGCUGAGUGCCGCUGGUCUCAGGCUACUCAACUUUUUGUUCAUGUACGAUCCGAAGAAACGCGCAACUGCAGAGGAAUGUUUGCAGAGCAGUUAUUUCAAGGAAGCACCUUUACCCUGCGACCCGAAAUUGAUGCCAACAUUCCCUCAACACAGAAAUAUGAAAAAAACGGCACAACCGAAAGAAGUUCGUGAACCAGAAGCGCCAGUAGGCGAUCAAACAAACAAUCUUCCUGCGAUUUCAGAUCUUCUGGGAUCCUUGGUGAAGAAGAGACGCGUGGAAUAAACAAAGUCUCAGUCAAGUACAUAGUUCUGUAAAAUCGACGAUUUAAUUACUUUUGCACUUAUAUAUUAUAUAUGACAAUUUCACGUUGACGCAAUUGGAGAAAGAAAAGCGAAACAGGUUUCCAAUUAAAGGUUUGAACUUUUAAAAUAAAGAUUAGCAUUCCGUGCCAUA